AUGGCAAUCGUAAUCAAGAUGGAACAGUCGUGCGCACUGGAAGACAAAACUGUUAGACUUUACAACUUACUUGUAGCAUGCUGGCAGCCGACGAUCCCACACCGAUGCAACAUCCUAGGAAAGUUGAUGAUGCGGAGACUGAAUACCGUCGCUAGAUUAAGGAUGAAUGACAUCGUCCUGAUCGAUAGGAUUGCUUGUGUAGUCGCUAACGUCACUGGGAUUGGCCAAAUCAAAAGAAAUGUGAAUCCAGAGAUAUCACGUGAUGCGGAGACGGAAAUUGUGGAAGACGAUAAUAAGUUAAUGAAAGUAAAACUGGCGAAAGAACAGCAACCAACCAACAGUAGUACCAAUCUAGCCGGCGAAACUCAACCAUCCAAUACUCCACCACCAGUAACGGCAAACUGUAAUGCUGAAUCUAAAAAGUCAAAAAUGAAAGAAUCACCUAGCGCAUCUCAGAAUUCAGCAACGGAUAUACAACUAGUCAUGAAGAUAGGAUGUAUGAUGGUGUUGUGG